UACAUACUAGCCAUUUAGUAGUCUCAUAAGAUGUCAGUCAGGUUGACACAGUUCUUCGGGACCUAUGCUUUUAGGCGUUUCGUAACUAUAAAAGGCCACAUAAAUGGAAUGCAAACCAGCUUCCAGACUAGGAGACAACUUGCCACAGGAAAUGCCGACCCUGGAUUUUUUGCUCUGAUGCAACAUGCAAGGGCAAAACUUCCAGAAAAUGAAAAACAAUGUGCAAUCGUGUCUCACAAAGAAAAUGUCAAUGGUGUGACCUUCCACUUUGAGACAACAGGAGAUGGCCAAGAAAUUGUCCUGCUUCUGCCAGGGGCACUAGGAUCAACUAGAACUGAUUUUGAGAAGCAGUUGACUGAUUUUAAUAAGUCUGAAUACACAUUAGUUGCGAUGGAUCCUCGAGGUUAUGGACGCAGCAUCCCUCCAGAAAGGGACUGGCCUUUAGAAUUUCUUCAGCGAGAUGCUGAUGAUGCUCUCCAACUAUGUAAGACCUUAGGUUUCCGCAAGAUUUCCGUAUUGGGUUGGAGUGAUGGAGGAAACACAGGGAUGAUAUUAGCAGGCAAAGAACCUUCCCUGGUCAGUAAGCUUGUAGUCUGGGGAGCCAAUGCGUUUGUCUCAGAAAAGGACAUAGAUGCUUUUGAAAAAAUUCGGGACAUUUCAUCCUGGAGUGACCGUAUGAGGGAGCCGUUUGUGAAGCUAUAUGGACUAGAGUAUUUUCAGAAACACUGGAGUUUGUGGGUGGAUGGUUAUAAAGCUUACUACACUGACAGGAAAGCUGACAUUUGUAUGGGUGACUUGAAGAACAUCACAGCUGAGACUUUGAUUAUCCAUGGUGUGAAGGAUGCACUAGUGGAGCAGGAACAUCCAGAUUACUUACACGCAAAUAUCAAGGGUUCUAAGCUCCACCUGAUGCCAGAGGGAAAACACAACCUACACAUUCGUUACUCAGAAGAAUUCAACACUCUAGUCGAAAACUUCUUGAAGAAAUAAGUCACUGGCACAUAUACACAAAGGUGUCUGAUUUCACAUGUAUAACUAUCUUAAACAGAAUUUUAUAACAUAGAAUGAUAAAAUAUACAAGAAUGAGACAGUAGUUCCCUCAAUCAUUUUGUCAGUUGUUCUCUUGCAUUUUAAAAAUGAGUACAAUGUUUGUAUAUAUUAAUGAUUUCUGCAUUUUUGUAUAGGUUUAUGUGAAUGAAACUUGUGAUUCAAAUGAAUAGAGAAAAUCCUAAAUAAGGUAACCUUUAAAUUCUUUAUUUAAAUUAUAACUUUGUGGCGGUAUAAUUCCCUGUCCUCAAAAUAUGUAAUAGCCUAUUUUUUUAUCUUUAUUAUGGGAAAUUAUCAUAAUAUAAUGUAAUGCUUCUACGCCUCACAAUGUAACCACUAUUUUGCUAUUUAUGUAAACAUGUAUACUUUCUGCUCGUCAGAUCAUAUUUGUCUAUCUUUACAAUAUUUGUAUAUCAAUAUAUAAAGGAAGUUCUUUCAUACACUCAAUUCCUCUUACAGUAUGGUCUCUAGGUUUCAAUAUCUCAAGUUUUUAAAUACUUUUCUGCUCCUCAAAACAUAGCGAUACCUAUUUGUAAACAUUUUAUCUACAGUGAGAAAACAUUUGAUUUUCUGCGUCUCAAUCUGUAACAUGUUUGUGUAAUUAGGAUAUAUGCAUUGUAUGUAAAACAGACAUUAAAUAGGUUUAUACAACUAUCAUGUGCUGAUGGUGAAGGUGUUGUUACAUAGUAGUGUUAUGUCUUGUAUACAUACCAGGUAGUUCAUAGUGUGAGGUAUACAUAGCAAAUAUUUAGACAUAAAUCUAAAAUAUUACGCAAAUAUCUGAUCUCACAUGAUCUAGAUAUAUAUUUUGCUUGAAGUGACAUUUUGAAAUAUGGUGCUUUGUAUAGCUGAGAUAAAGGAUGUCAUUGUUUUGUUUGUUGUUUAUGUUUGGUAUACUCCGUCCCACAUUCUGUUUUAUCAUUGUCACAAUGGUAGCCUCACCAUAGUUACUGUCAAUUCCUCUUUUUUACACCUUAUGCCCCAUUAUAUUCAGUAAAUUGAUUGACUGCAGCAUAACAUUCAUUGUCGUUUCAUCUUCAUUAAUACUUGCUAUAAUAAGAUAUCUUGGAAAAUCAAAAUAUUUGCAUCCUAAAUUCAGAUGCUUUAUAAUUAGAGAGUUGUGGCCAUUUGUUCAUUUGUAUGCUUUCUAUUUCACCUACACUCAUUAGAUCUUGAGAAAUGGAAGAAGUAUGGAGCUACCUUUACUUCAGAAAACAUUUUUUGUUUUACUAUCAUUUGGAAUAUUAUUUAAGGAAAGCAAUCCUCUUACACAAGUUUUACCCAGUAAGAUAUUGUAUGGAAUAUUUUUUUUCUUUUAGAUUAUGUAUAAAGGAUGCUGUUAUAUAUCCUUCAUUUAUUGAAGAUGAAUUAUUUUUUCCUGAUUUACUACAGCUAUCUUCUUCUUACCUUUCAAAUACACAUAGUAUGACUCUGAACAUACAUGGAAUGUUAAAAGAAUUACUUGUAGUCUAUGACUAGUGGUAGGCAUUCCAACCGAUGUGGUUGUCUUAUAGUGUUUAUUUUAUCUGUCUUAUAUUCUAACUUGAUCAAAUCAUGUCUUUGUAAUUUAAUUCACUUUUUUGUCAAAAAAAUCAUAAAUACAUUUAAAAUCCUAACAAUUUUUUAACAAAACUUAAAUGACACAUAAAAUGGGUGUACAGGGGUAGAACUAGAUAUUUUGAAGUGUUAUAGGAUCUUAAUCUUUAAUGAAAUGAAAUCAUAGAAUCAUUUUUUUUUUUUUUUUUUCAAUUUACAAAAAUUAAAGAUAUUGGGACUGUAUAUAUACUCAAUUCAUAGUCUUUGUUAACAUGAUAUAGAAUUUAUUAUCCAUGUGGUGGAAAUCUUGUUUUGCCAAAUAAAUUGUUAC